GGGCAAUCUUUCAAUCAUUCUGACCAAAUCAAGUUCUUUUUUGAAACACAUCAUUCCUCACCAACCCUUUUAUUCCUCUCUACUAUAAAACAUCUACGGAGAAUUAAUGUCAAAUACCUAAUUUCUGGUGUUUGCAAGACCAAGUUUCAAUAAUAAUUUAACCCGAAACUUUUCUACAUACACGCGAAUAAGAACCAAGACUGAUCGUACAAAGCCCGCGCCCCCAAAACCUCGGACGCAUCUACCCGAGAAACUUGGUUGCACUCCCUAAGCUACCACAAAGGGCCAGUGGUCAGCAACAGCAGCGGCAACGGCAACGGCAGCAUGUCGGCGUGGUAUAGCAACCUCGUCGGUGCGACGACUUCGAAAAUCUCGAAUCUGCAACGGACGUUUCUCAGCAGCGAAGCCGACGGCGACACCGAAGACGACACCCACAUCUGCCGCGUCCUACGAUCAUACUACACCGAAAAAGGGCGUCCAUUUCCCGGAUGGCUACCUCCCGAUCCCAAAGCUCCUCCCCCUGUCGUCGCGGUAUACUCCCAGCCCGGGUCGCAGGUCGGCUCACGGUACGGUGGGCUCGCCCAGCAACCACAAGGCGGCGGUCUGAGCUCGCUAUGGGAUAACAAAGCUCCCGUAUCGCAACCUCAAGACGCGCAGAGCCUACGGCGAGGAAGGGGUGCGCCGCCCGCUAUACGUAAUAACGACCCGCGAAACAGUCCGUUCCGUAAUUCUGAUCCGAUUGGCCCCGGUCGAGACGACAUACCCGCGAGACCGUUGCCGAGCCAAAGAGCCGGUAGCUAUCAGACACAAGGCGGUUUUGGCGGACGCGAGGCUGCGGGUACUGCGCCGCCGGGUGGUGGAUCGGCACAGGAUCGAUUGAAACAGCGACUUUUUGGCGGGUCGAGGACGGCGAGUCCUGCUGGCAACGGCCCGUUUAAUCCCCCACCGCAAAAUAAUUCUAGAGGUAACUACGGCGGAGGUGGUGGUGGGGACUACGAAGAUAGAUUUGCACCUGGGGGCAUGUGUGAUGCGGGUGCGAGGGGCGGUGGGAAUCCUGGGGGCAGGAGGCCUGGCGGUUUACCUAGCGGACCCCGGAUGAGAUGAGAUGAUGCGAUGCGAUACUCGGUAUUCUACCAACAGAUGCGAAAAAACUAUUACUUUGCAUUCGGUCGAGUCCUUGUUGUGAGGCUUGGCUGAGAUAUUUGGAAUUCAAGGGGAAUCGCAGCAUGAAUGGGGCUCAGUGAAGCUAUAUUGGGGGCCAAAGCUAUAGCAAAUGGGCGUGGAUCCAGAGUACAUCUGUCGUUGUGGUGCUAACAUUCGGUUUUGCUGGAUGAUACGGCUGACUGCGCCCCGAUUUCUUCGGUUCUUGUCGACCUUCCUUUUCCGCAACUACGAUUCGUCCCACAUACGAGGAGCCAGCCAGCAAAUGCCAACAAAUACUACUAUGUUUGGUCUUGUUAGUUACGAACACACAGUAGGAAUAGAGGAGACGAGGCUAUAAAGCUGCAUUGGUCUUUUUGGUCUUUGGUUACCUCCGGGACCAGACCAUUCAAGGAAAGGAAUUAAGAACAGCAUAGAAAGCAUUGGAUCAUGGUGUUACGAGUAUUUUGAUCAAGAGUCUUGUGUACACUGGCAGUGUGUGUAUCAAAGGGACAUUUUUUAUAUUGUUGCCUAUUUCUGUGUUGCGUGUUUCGCUGCGCGGCCCCAUCGUGAAUUCGUGUACUCGCCUCCCUACAUUCUUAUUUACACUUGGCAUAUAACAUCCAUAUAAUUAGGUACAUACCCAUUAUAAUGUGAACGGCGCAAUAAAUUCUUGGGGAUAU